AUGGAACUGGAGCCAAUUUCUAUCCGGGAUCCAAUCAUUGUUGAGGUUGAGACUCCCACUGAAGAUCCCGACACGCCCCCAGAUGGCGGAUACGGAUGGGUCAUCAUCUUUGUCUGCUUCGUUCAUACAUUCUGGAUCAAUCUCUGGGCUGGAUCCUGGGGCAUCCUACAGGCAGCUCUGCUUCGAACGACUCUCAAAGGCUCUUCGCUCAGCGCCGUGUCAUUCGUUGGUAGUCUCGGUGUAGCCUUGGGUCCUGCACUCGGGAUACCAGCCAUCCGAAUAGUUCGUGUCAUCGGAGCUCGCGCAGGCAUGACGAUUGGCAUCGCCAUCUAUGGCCUUGGCUGCCUAGCGAGCAGCUGGGCUGUUGGAAGCCUCGUGGGGUUAUUCUUCGCAUGUGGAGUCUCAUAUGGCAUCGGUUCAGCUUUCACCGACACUUUGUAUAACACUCUUCCGGUAUUGUGGUUUAAGAAGAGGCUUGGCUUGGCGAAUGGCAUCGUCAAGCUUGGUGGCAGUUUUGGGGCUCUUGUUGGAGCUGUUUCAGUCGGCUAUCUGACUGAAGGCGUUGGAGUUGCCUGGACCUUUCGCAUACUGGGUAUUGCGUCGCUUGUUACUGGCAUACCGACCGCUUUACUCGUCAAGGACCGCGGUGCUCCCCCGGAGUAUCCUGUUAAAUGGUCUGUCUUCAGAGAUGCCUGUUUCUCAUGGCAUUUCGCAGCUGGCGCAGUGGGAAUCUUUCCCAUAUAUGCGCCAACAUUCUUCCUCCCCUACAUCAACAACGCUCUUGGCUUCUCAAACUCUACAUCCAUAGCCACGCUUGCCUGCCUUUUGGUAUGUAUGUCAGUAGGUCGAAUCCUGACAGGCUAUGCGUGCGAUAGAGUUGGUUCCAUGAACGCCUUGUUCUUUGCCUCUUUGGUAAAUGCGGUUUCUCUAUUCGCUGUUUGGCCCUUUUCUUCCAACCUGGGACUGGUUCUCUUGUUUUGCAUCCUCAACGGACUGUCGAAUGGAGGCUUUGCAGUGGCCAUUCCUACAGCCGUCGGUCGUCACUUGCCAAUCGAUGAUGCGCCAGGAGCCUUGAGUUUGCUUUUCACGGGUUGGGCACCUGGUAUAAUGGGAGGAAAUGCAAUAUCGGCGGCUCUUAUUCAGGUCACGCAUGCAGAUGUUGCGGACUCCAUUGUGCCUUUUCGGCCUGCCAUGUACUAUUUUGGCGGGACAGCUUUACUUAGUACUGCUUGCGGCGUUGUAGCUCGUUUAAUCUACAGCCGGGAUAUGCGAGUCAUCGCAUGA